CAGUGCUCCAUUGAGAAAAAAAAAAACCACAGCCGUGUACUGACCGAGGAGCGCAGAGAGGGAAUUACGUGCUACGUGGAUCCAAACUCGCAACCGUGAGUCCUGCGGACGUUUCUACUCCAGAUGUGCGUUAUUACCGCGUUGUAAGAAGGAGGUCUCUCCUCCUCCUCCUCCCCCUCCUCUCUCCCACCUGGGCCGUCUCGGAGAGAAGGAGGUGAAUCUCCUCCCACAAGAUGGACGGUUUCUACGACCAGCAGGUUCCGUUCCUGGACCCCCGGAGCAAGUGCCCCUCGGAGCCCCCUAGCGGCCGCUCGGCGACCGACAGGAAGCGACGCUUCGUGGACACGGAGCUGGCUCAGGAAACGGAAGAUCUCUUCCAAGACCUCAGCCAGCUGCAGGAAAUGUGGAUCGCAGAAGCCCAGGUCCCAGAUGAGCAGUAUGUUCCAGACUUCCAGUCAGAUAACCGUGAGUCCCCCUACCACUUAACUUAAACAUCCCAUGUCAUGAAACUGUAACUUUCUAAGGUUUUCUAACAUUAAUAUGUGUUCCCCUAGCCUACCGAUGCUCCCCCAGUAGCUAGAAGUUUAUUUAUUACCAUUCAUUUAUUACCUUUUUUUGAUUGAAAGUCCAGUUUUGAGAAAUGUCUGAGCUUGGCUAUUGAAUCAUUAUCUUCCAUGUUUGCAGUCAGAAAUGUUUUUUUUUUAAAUAAACAAACUGAUGUAGUGCACUUGACUGCUUAAAAUAAGUUAACGAAGCAUCCUGUAAACACAGUGGGCACACGCAUACGCCCCCUUCAGUGAGGCAGAGGUACUGGCUGCCUCAUUUCAUGCUUUUUCAGCGCGGUUUUAUGUCAGAUCAGCAUAUUUAGUCUUGCUGCAAGACUAAAUAUGUUA